GCGAAGCAAACCUAAGCAGCAGCAGCUGCUGCACAAGAAAAGUGGUGAUGCCAUCGGUGCCAGUGACAAAGAUACCACGGGCCAUGACGCCACCAAGUAACACCACAAUAGACUCGCAGAAGAAGGCAGUGAGCAGCAGCCCGUCACUUGCCGGCCCACCUCCACAAUCCCAGCAUCUGCAGCUCUCCAUCCGUGGAUCAGCCCACCAUCGGGCCAACCACAUCAACCCACCCUGCCGUCAUCUGAUCCUCUUUCUCUGCUCUGCCCUCUGUCUCUGGUCUCCUCUCCGUUCAUUCAUCCAACAAAUGGAAAACUGAUCAGCCCUUGCCAAUACCCGUUCUUCAAUCACCCCACAGCCGGGCCUCAAGCAAUAAAUAGCCCCUUCGGUAGCUGCUCGACUCGCUCUUCUCUCCCCCCCCAAUCAUCCACAAAGCAUCACAGCAUACAUAGAUCUACUUACCCUUUUUACUCACCUUUUGCCCUGCUUCAUUCAAGAUGCCUGCAGCCGGCCCCAUGGACGACCAAUGGGUCUCCUUCCACAUCCGGGACCACCUGGACAAGGGCGAGAUCUCCGUCCGUCACACCGUCAUCGAAGGUGGUGAAUUCCACGACCCCAAUAACCGCAGACAGUCCCUCACCGAGGACGAGAUUGAUGAAAUCACCAUCCCCUCGUACGGCAUCGGUGAGAUCUGUGCUCGCGGUCGCCGCGGCAGUGAGGGCCGGCUGGACCUCUUCCACGACGAGGAGAAGAUCUGCGAAUUGCACUGGGAUAAUCGCCAGGGCAAUCGCGUGAACAUCGUCGAGAUGCUGGACAGUAAUAACAAGUAUCGUGUCGAACAUGGGGGAUGGAGCCCAGAGGCUGGACCUCUGGGCCACGUCUACAUUGACAUUUUGGAGCAGCAGAAGAAGAAGAAUAGCAAAUAACGGCGUUUGGGAUUUUGGAGUUAUCCGGCGAGGUCCGGAUGCAGCAGUGCUGCAAGGGAGGGCGUUAGCAUAUUUUGUUUGUCUUUGAAUCGACUGAUUGUGUCGAAUGUUGUAUAGGAGCUGGAAAUCACAUCAUACUAUUAGUCAAUGCGAAGUGAAUACUCUUAUUUCAAAUCCGCAGGAGAGGAAUAAAUGGAAUCGGUGCCUGUUGAUAAAGCUCUCUGAUUUAAUGUAGUGCGAAGUAUGUAACCAAGACUAUGGUGAAUAUGUGUUGGGCCACGGUGAUUGCAAUUGCCCUGAACCCCACAGCUAGUGUCCCUAGGCACUAGAAGUCGUCUGGAAUAUGUUGAUGCAGCCGCAACUUGUCAGGAAUUAAAUGUUGGAUAUUCGCUGUUCGUCAAUUCUGCAAUAUGUCCAAAGCCACGCUGGCUGUUUGUU